AUGAACCACGCCAACAUGAUCGAGGACAAGCACCUCAAGAAAACCUACAUCAUAGCCGUGCUGUGUUCCACCCUCGUCGGCACAUUCACCUCGUCUAUCGGCCUCUGGGACCGCGUCAAGGAGCGCCGCAAGCAGAACCACCGCGACACGACCCAAGACGAAGAGAUCAAGAAGCUCAAGGAGCAGGUCGAAAAGUCGGAGAAAAAGUCCAAGGAAAAGGACCGGGCGCUGGAGAAGGAGAAGGAGACGGACGAGGUCAGCGCUUCGCUCAAGAAGUCGAGUGCCCUUAUCAGCAGGGAAUUCGAAGACGGAUACGAACGACUCGGUCGGAAAUUCGCCAUCGGAGACGUGGUUACCGAGAAUAAGCUGCAGGCACAGGUCAUUGCUCUCCAGCAAACCGUCAUCAAUGUCCUGCAAGAUGCCGUAUACCACGGUCGGCGGCUUGACCGCGUCGACAUGCAACACCUUAUCGCUGCCUCCAACGCCGCACGAGACGGAUCACUCGGAGCUCUUCGAGAGCAGCGACAACGUCUCUUGAUGGCUACCGAGAAGCCAAGGCCAGCACUGGCUCCGCCGCCGAAGCCGCUGCCUCCGCAAAAGGCACUCCCUGCUCCCGCUCGCAGCCGCGCAUCGAGCAUCGUCCGGUCCGAACACCCCCGAUCCGAACCCGUCCGAUCCGAGCCCGAUCCUCUAUACUGCAUAUAUAGCAUUGAUCUGCAGUGCGAUAAGAAUAUGCGCAUGGCCUCGACUUUUGCCCCUGGAGGCAUCUGUCAAUGUCCAGCCUGUGGGAUCAAACUCGGUGUUGAAGCCGACGACAUCUGGGCUAUCCGGAAGCCCACUACAAGGUGGAUCACGAUCGACGGAUACGAGCGAGAGGUCGAUGAAGAUCUCGAGUUCAUCGUCAACCAGCGAUUUGUGAUCAAGUGCCAUACCCCAGACGGGGACUUUGCCUGCGUUCUCUGCACCAAGUUCCGCGACGGAGACGUUCUCUGUGCGAGCGCCGAUGCAUUGAUCAACCACGUGGGUCGAUCUCAUAGUAUUGAGGAGUUAGAAUGGGAGCCUGACUUUCGUAUGAGGGCUUUGUAA